ACAAGGCUUGGACCAACCACCAUACACUCACUGUCAACAGUCAUGACAGAAAUUAACUCCAUACCGGCAGCAGUAUCGAGCACGACGGAUGUACUGAACUCUGCAAACAGUCUGCUCACGUCCCAUCGGGAGCUACUCACAUACGUGCGCAAUUCACAACGGGCACAUCGACGUCAGCUUCGUGCUCUCGCAAUUGCACCCAACGAUCUGGUAAAUUUCCCAUUAAUUGAUUCUCCUGCACCAUCACCGCUGCAUUCCCCACCGUCAUCACCCCAACUUGCUCCUCGUACCCGCCCACAACGCCAAGAUCUCCAUCCUGCAAAACGCGCGAGGGUCGCCCGCUACGCAAAUUAUGUCCCAGAAGAAGAAACGAUCCGCAAUGACUACUCGCAGCGAUACCCAAAGCAGCAGCGCUUGCUCAGCCUGAAAAAGGAGUCUGUUGACGCGCAUGCUACACCUCCAUUUUUCCUUCCUUUUCUCACCUCUCUUCAUUACAUCCCCAAAAACCCCCCGUUCUCCUCAUCUUUUGGCUGGGACGAUCUUCAAGCUCUUCCUGUGCCUUCUCUCGCGGCCGACCCUUCAUUUGUAUUCAUGUGGGUAGGUAGUGGCGCAGGAGAAGGUCUCGAACGUGGUCGCGAGGUCCUUGCUAAGUGGGGCUACCGCAGGUGUGAGGAUGUUGUAUGGGUAAAAACCAACAAUACGACCAAUCGCGGGCCAGGGACAGAUCCACCUACUACUUCUCUUCUGACCCGCACAAAACAGCAUUGCCUCAUGGGUAUUCGCGGUACGGUACGUCGCUCGACUGACAGCUGGUUUGUUCACUGCAACAUUGAUACUGACGUCAUCAUCUGGGAAGGUGAUACCGCCGACCCAAUGCGCAAACCACCCGAAAUGUAUACCCUUAUAGAAAAUUUCUGUCUCGGCACCCGCCGUCUUGAGCUUUUUGGGCGAGCACGCUCGUCCCUCCGCCGCGGGUGGGUCACAGUGCUGACUGCAAGCGAUGGGGCUAAAGUAGGGGAGCAUGCGCGGACUACAGAAGGCGAUGCCGUGCACCCAUGGAGCAAGGAUUCAUGGGAGGAAGCGACUCGACACCUGACUUCACUCGCAGGGGGGAAGUGUGUCGUGCCAAAUUCACAGGAAAUUGACGCUCUCCGCCCUAAAUCCCCUAUGCGUUCUGGUAAUUCAGGUGUGAGUGGCGGAGUUGGGGUCGCCAUCAGUGGUGGCGUAGGCGUGGGUGUAGGGAGUGCUGGGGUGGGCAUGAAUGCGGUAAAUAUGAACGCCGACCCCAACAUGAACAUUCAACAUUCCCGUCGUCCGCCUUCCCAAAAUCAAAUGAUGGUAUCUCCAAUGAUGGGGAUGGGGAUGCCGAUGGACAUGGGCAUGGGCAUCGGGAACAUGAUGGGGAUGGGAAUGGGAAACAUGGGCAUGAUGGGGAUAGGGAACAUGGGAGUAAUGGGAAUGGGAGACAUGCCUGGUGCUGCAUUCCAAUGGGUAGGGGAUGGUGAUCGAAUUUGGGAGGAUGGAAUGAUGGCUGGUAUGGGCAUGGGGAAUACGGGAAUGGGGGUAGGAGGUCCGGGUAUGGGGAUGGGGAUGGGAAACUCGAGGAUGGGUAUGGGCGGCAUGGGGAUGCAUGGGCAGUGGGGUCAAGGGUACGACGGAUUCCAGUGAGAGCCAAUCUUGUACGUGUAGUGUAGAGUUAUGCAGGUUACUGGACGUGCACAUACAGACUGUAUCAUACUUUGCAUCCGUCGGCGCCUCUAUUUAUUUACAUACUGUAGUGGAUGUAUUCAUCUAUGUAAUCUUAUUGAGAAUAUUCUGCAACAUCAC